GGAUGUUUGUAAACAAAACAUGGAAGAUGGAAAAAGAAAACGAGAGGAUGACCAAAGCAAUUCGGUAGAGAGAGAGGAACUUCUGGCCAGAUUAACAGAACUUGAAAAUCGGAACAGGGAUCUGGAGGAACAGCUCUCUAGAGUUCAACAAAACCAGUCUAGCAUUUCAUCACAAUCCAUAAAUAAAAAGCAAAAGAAUGAAAAAGAACCAAAGCUGAAGAAAAGAAAAGUCUUUGAUUUCUCCAGGUACAAUGUUCGCUAUGUUGCAUUGAAGAUUGCAUAUCUGGGUUGGGAUUACCAUGGUUUUGCAAGUCAAGAGAACAAUGAAAAUACAAUUGAGGGACACCUCUUUAAUGCCCUACAAAAAGCCUGUCUAAUCAAAGAUAGAUCAACAUGUAAUUACUCAAGAUGUGGUAGAACUGACAAAGGAGUCAGUGCUUUUGCUCAGGUCAUCUCUCUGGAAAUUAGAAGCAAUCUUGAUGAGGGUGAUGGAGUUAUCCAGAAGAAGGAGUCAAACACACAACAAGAUAAUUCAACAAACAAAAAUUCUUUCAAAGAAGAAAUAAAUUAUGUUUAUGUUUUGAAUAAACUUUUACCAGAUGAAAUACGAGUGUUGGCAUGGAUACCAGUUGCACUAGACUUUAAAGCUAGGUUUAGUUGUGUCUACCGAAUGUACAAAUACUAUUUCCCAGCUGGAGAUUUUGAUAUUGAGCUAAUGAAUAAGGCAGGAAAGAGGUUUAUUGGUGAACAUGAUUUUCGGAACUUUUGUAAGAUGGAUGUCGCGAAUAAUGUAACGUCGUUUCGUAGAAAUAUUCUAUCGGUUGAUGUUCAAAGAAUGAAUAAUUGUAGUCAGAGUGAGUAUGAUAUGUGUGUGGUAACUGUGAAAGGAAUGGCAUUUCUAUGGCAUCAAAUCAGAUGUAUGGUCGCAAUCUUGUUUCUAGUUGGUCAAAAUCUAGAAAAACCAGAGAUAAUCGAUCAUAUGUUGGACAUAACAAAAUGUCCUCGUCGACCUCAAUACAGUAUGGCAUCUGAAAUUCCUUUGGUCUUAUUUCACUGUGAAUAUAAUGACAUAAACUGGCAAUAUGCCAAAGAUGAAGUGACGAGGAUUCGAGACUCCUAUCAGAAACUCUGGACAACAAGCAGUAUAAAGACAACAAUGAUGCGAGAAUUACUAAAUGGUGAACAUACGGAUACAACUGAGGAUAAUUUUUCCUGUAAAAAAGGUGACAAAGUAGCAGGAAUGUGUCUAAUUCCUGGUCAUUAUGUCAAGUCUUAUAAAAAGAUCCUCGACAGAGCGUUAUGUGACAGCCUUGAGACAAAACUAGAAAACUUAUCCGCCAAACAAGAAAGACUAAAGAAGAAAAUUUCUAUGGAAUAACUUAACUUAGAAUAACAGUCGAUAAGGUCUAAAACCUCACUGAUAUUUAACUUCGUUUAACAAAAUAAUAAAGUUGACAAUUCAACCACAAUCCUGUUCAUUACGGUUUUAAUGAUAGUGUCUUAAAAUGUCGCC